CUUCAAAAGAUCGUAACAAUCAAUUCGCUGGAUUUAUUUAUCUUUGAGCCUUGUUAAAAUGAAUACACAAUGAAAAAUUAAGUAAUUGAUAGCAAUAGUUUAAAAAACGUAGGAAGCUUUUGGUUAUUGCUCAUUCCAUUGUCAGUUUAAAAUUGACAGAUGAAUGGUUACUUUAUAAAGUUACUGGGUGUGUAGAAAAGACAAAGUUUAUCAAAGGAAGUGGGAACAGGAACAGUGAUUUCUUUAGCAGGGAAUUGUCUGGUUCACUGUUUGUCUUUCUGUCUGUGACAAGUGAGAGUUGUUCGUGAUGGAUCUGGAUGACCUAGGGAGCACAAAAGUGGGAUCCGAUAUGGAUGUGGUGGAUGCCGUGAAGAUGAACCAGUUGCAGAAUCUUUUACAUGACUCGUUGAUAGCAACGGACCACGUACAUCACUGUGCCAUCAUUCGACGGAAGGAUUGCAAUGUUAGAGCAAGCUCUGUAGGAUUUAAUCUCCACCAUGACCAAGUCCAGAUGUUAUUAGAUGCCUUCAAAAACCCUCCCCAGACUCGGGAGGAGGGCCUUUAUUUUGAUGACCAGCAAUACAAAUGUGUUCGUGCUGACAAAAACUCCAUAUACGGAAAAUGUGAUAAGCGAGGAUUGAUCCUUGUGAAGACACAGUCUAUGCUUAUAGUAGCCACAUACACAGAAAAUAUGUUCCCAAGUGUUUGUGUUGAAGCAGUAGAAAAACUAGCGGAUUAUUUUAAAGAAAAGGGAAAAUAGCCUCAUCAAUCGACAUAUGUGCACCCAAGUUAUUCUGUGAUAUCAAAUUUGUGACAGACAUAUAUUAUAUACAAUGUAUAUAUUAAAUAUGUAUUUUAACAUUUAUUUUCUACCAACUUUUUAGUUACAUUUUACAUUUUCUGUUGUGUAGGUGAUUUUUCAUCAUUAAAGAU